UUCUGCUCUCUGUUUUUCGAGCGCCUGUUCACUUAUUAAAUAUGUAUUUCCACUAGAUUCAAGUGAUAGACUCAGAAGACAAGUCUCAAUGAAAGUGACAGUUAAUUCACAACAAAGUAUUAUGAAAAAACAAAACAAAACAUGUUUUAUAAUGCAUAUUUAGUUGGGGAUUACCACACCUACAUAAUCCUUUUAGAAUCCCUGAUGUCUUGAUUGCAUGUGUAGAAAGAAUGAGCCGUUGCAGCAUUUUUAGUUUUGAAUUGAUUACUCUCAGUCUCGUGCAUUUUCCACUGUAAAUGCUCACCGUAGAAUCUUUGUUUGCAUGCUCAUCCGUGUUUUCAUCAACAUGUGGUGAGCAACAUGAAGAAUAUCUUUGAGCUAGAGCCGUACUAUAUAUGUUUGUUCCUUAUGUCAACUCCCAGCUCCUCUUUGGCUUUCAAUUUCUAAACUGAUGAUGCAUUUGUUAGACAUUUCCGUCCCUCAUGCCCAUACGUGUGGUCCACUGCAAGCACAGACUGUCCAUCUCCCUUGUCCUGUCACACUGAGUGAUUAUCCGUGCCACUUUUAGUUGUUAUUUAGAUCUCUCUGCGGUACUGCCAUUGCUCUACUUGAGAAAAAAGAUGAACUGCGACUCCCCAGAGAGACUGUUUCAAUUCAAAGCCAAUAAAAAGUAGGACACCAGUAGGACAUCUGCAGCAAAAAGUGUGAAGUAAAGCUGCAGGCACCUGAUUCAGGUGAGCAGUAUGUGGCAGAUAUAGUAGUUUUUUAGUAAAUCACCUGUGACAUAGUAUCAGUAUCAGUCUGGCAAGUCUAGUUUCAAUCAAGUUACCCUCCUUUCCCUUUGGAUAUACUGUAACAGGCUCUAAACAAUGUCACUUUCUCAUGUUUUGUAAGAACAGUCCUGUGUCCGAGUGCACCAAGGAGUCAGACUAAACUAGAAAAAUGCUUGAGAACUGCCAGUCCAUUUGAUAUUACACAUUUCCAACAGCUUUUUCCUACAGGACACCGAUGCCUAUGGGUACGAGGUGAAGAAUCAAAAAAGGGUUACUUCAUUAUGUUAAACAGGACAAAAGGAUUCACCUCAGUGAUCACUGGGAGGAAAGGACCCAUGCUCUCUCAUUUUUGUGCUGCAACACCAGCCCUGUUCAUAUUGUGGAUCAUCAUGGCCCAGGUUGCUGGCCAGGAAGAUAGAGAGAAAACUACUGCACUCAAAGAUUUGCUGUCAAGAAUAGACUUGGAUGAACUGAUGAAGAAAGAUGAACCUCCUUUCACUUUCCCCAAAACCUUGGAGGAGUUUGAGUAUGCCUUUAAUGAAUAUGGCCAGCUCCGCCAUAUAAAAACGGGUGAAACCUUUGUGUUCAAUGCCAGGGAGGAUCUCCACCGCUGGAACCAGAAACGCUAUGAAGCUCUUGGAGAGAUCAUCACUCAGUAUGUUUAUGAGCUGUUGGAGAAAAAGUGCAACAUGACUAAAGAAAUCCUGCCAGUGGAUGCCACAGAAGAUGAACCCACCGGUUUUAUCUACCUCAGCCCAGAUGCCUUAUCCAACCCAUCUAAGCUGCUGGUGCUGAUCCAGGGCAGUGGUGUGGUGCGGGCUGGUCAGUGGGCCCGUAGGCUAAUCAUCAACCAGGACUUGAACUCAGGGACACAGAUCCCCUUCAUUGAAAGAGCCAUGCAGGAGGGCUACGGCGUGAUGGUGCUCAACCCCAAUGAGAACUAUUUGGAAGUGGAAAAACCGACAAAGUCUCCCCUGCCCUCUCCGACGGAGACCUCCGACGAACCUGCUGAAAAGAGGGAGCGCAAAGACGAUAAAGAGGGGAAAAAGAAGAAGGAAUUUUAUGAGAAAUACCGUAACCCACAAAGAGAGACUGAGACAGAACGGAUUCUUAUACGAGAAAACGGCUCCUCAGAGGAACAUGUGCUGUACGUGUGGGACCACUUUGUGUCCAAAGCCGCAGCCAAGAAUGUCUUCAUCAUGGCCCAUAGCUAUGGAGGACUGUCUUUCGUUGAGCUGAUGAAUCAGAGGGAAUUAGAGGUGAAAAACAAAGUAUGUGCCGUGGCUCUGACUGAUUCCGCUCACAACAUCUGGCUACAGGAGACCACAAAGAGCACACAGGACUGGAUGCAGGAGCACUGUCGUAACUGGGUAUCAAGUCCGGAGCCCUUGGACAUACCACUGGAGCCUAUGAUGCCAGACUGCCCCAGAGUCUCUGCAGGUACCAAAACUGUCUGUCCAAAAAUAUAAACAGUAUUUCUCAAUGUCUGUGAAUCACAGCAUAAUUGGGAUCCCUUUCAGUUUUAUUAGAUUUUGCUCAUUAUAAGGCUGUUGAACAUUGAAGUAUUGGGAGGUUCCUGGUUAAAAUUUGACACACGUUUGCGAGCAGGAAACUGGAUUGUGCCAAUGUUAGAUAAGUCAAGCAUAUUUGUUUUUUUAGUAACAGUUAAAAAAGAGGCAUGAUUUCUCUGGGUGGUAUAGUGAGGUGUACUGAGAAACUAGUGCAUCGAGAGGGUUACAAACAACGAUGCAAUAAUCUGUCCAUUGAUUUUAACACUUGUAUAUGUUGAAAGUCAGUUAAAUAUCUAGAAACCAUAACCACAGAUUAUUUAGCAUGAAAAUUGAAGGUGGUUUUUUCGUUCUAUAUCAUUGGUUUAAAUAUAAUGUGGAACUGUCACAGAGGAUGUAAUAGUGCAGCUUGGUAUUUCUUUUAAUAAAAAGCAAUAAGGACUCAUGCAGACUAAAAAUAAACUCCUCAGUAUUUGUGUAUUUUUUCCUUCAGUGAUUUAAAGGAGUGGAUCGGAAUUCAGUCAGUUCAGAACGGUGUGUAUUUAGCACAUGUCCAUGUUUGUGCACAUGUGUCUGGGUAAUGGGUACAUCUUAAAUCUUAGUAGAACAGAUUGAGUGUCAUUGUUAGACAAACUGUGGAACUGAAGCAGUGGAAGAUUAUCUUGAAACACAAAUAGAGAGGUUGUAUCAGCAGCACUGCAGAAAUUUUGCUAUCUGAGUUCAUUUCUGUUUUCAUCUUCUUUGUGACCCCCCUCUUGCAUUUUUUUUUUCAUCAUCCAUUCUGUCUCCUAUAUUCAUUAAUCCUUUCCUGUGGUGUUUGGCUUCCUGUCCUUGUGCCCUCUCUGUGGUUGACUGGCCUUGAUGAUGUCACGUCCAUCAUGAGAAUGUGUCCUUAAUGUAGGAUUAGGGAUGAAAGCUGUAAUCCUCAACAUGACCGUUGAUAAGAGAUGAUGAUUGCAGUGUUGUUUGAAGAGUGACACACACACAGGCAUGCUUGCACAGUCCCACACAUAUGAAAAAAAGAAGGAAAGUCAAGCCUUAAGCAGGAAGCAAUAUAUCUGUCGCAGGUAUUAAAAACACCUGUUUUUGCUUUGUUACAGUGUUACACACAAACAUACUUGAACGUUCACGUUCUUAGCUCUUCCCUCAUUUCCAUCUUUGCUCGGGAUGCUCUGCUUUGUGAUUUUAUUCUCUUCAAAGAUCCUCCCUGACAUCAUGGUGAAUGUAUAGGUCAUCUUACACAUGCUCCACAUGUCUGUGAAUACAUCUCUAGCACUCCUAUCUCAUCUCGGCCACUAAAACGGCAUGUUCCACAUGGAGCUGUGUGGGUGGGUGGCCUUAACAUCUUCGAGUGAAUCAGCUCCUUGAAAUGUCAUCUAGCCUUCAAUACAAACCUCAUGCUGUAUUUCAUGCUCAAAUGUCAGUUUUUUACUUUGAUGAUUUAUGUCUCUUCUGCUCCUUCUCCGUGACUGCUGUCGGUCAAAAGACAGCAACAGUUGUGCCAAAAUAUUGAGGUCACCUUUUGAAACUGUUGGCAUGCCUAACAAUAUCUAAACACAGACUUGUUUGACACGGCGUCCAUCCAAAUGUAUGUACUAUUGACUUGUGCUCUAUUGACUUUUGCUACUUUAAGCAAGCUGAAAAGAUCUCGGUCUCUAGCCUGUUAACAGAGCUGCCAACUCGGCUUGUCUCUGGUCUUUUAGUGGACACUUCUAAUGUCAAAGGUUGGUUCAGUCAUCUUUGUGUCCUUGGCAGCCUGGCAGGUUCACAAGCAGCAGCUAUUGUGGUGAGAGUCACAGCAGAGCAACGGAGGUGACGAGGUUGAGAGAAGGUUGAAGGAAGGCUGUCAGGGCAUCGUGGCCCAACACUUCAAUCAGCAGUCACUCCUGCUACUACGACUGCCUUUGUUUAGGUUGCUAUAGUAUGGAUAUGUGUGUGUAGCUGUUGCUAAUCAAGGUUGGAGAUAAAACCUCUCAGCAACAGAAAACAGACCAGUGAAUCCUUGUUAUCAUGCACGCACAUGCAUGUGCACAUACGCAAUGACAGACGUCCCAAUGUGAACCGCUGCUCUUCUACGUAGCCAGACCGAGGAAGCCCUGGGCCCCUGGCUGCUGCUGAGAAUGGCGUAUGAUCACUCACUUAACAGACACACACACGCGCGCACGCACGCACGCACGCACGCUAAGUGCAAGGGUAUUGGUCAGGCAGAAAAAUGGGAGAAUGGGUUGAAGGGUGAGUCUUGCCAUUGCUCUUUUGCUCUCCUGCAUCCAUUCUUCUUUCUUAGCAAUAACUAAUUUUUCGAAGAAAGAUAAUUAUUCUUGGUUUCACCCUUUAUGUAUCUACUCCUCUGCAUACCUCUUGGCUCUCUGGAGAAAUGAGGAUCCGUUUUGAUUCAGAUUUUUUUUGGCAAAAGGAGCCUUGAAGGCAUGUCUGCUAUUCCUAAGCAUCUGUGAAGCAAUGCUGGUAUACCAUAAUAUGUUAAUAUUAUAUGUUAAUGAUAAUCUCUGGGAGUCUUCACUAAUAUAUCAAUAUCAUUAUCAUUGGAAUAAAGCCUGGAUCCAUCCCCUUCUCCUUUGACUGUCUUGCUUUCCUCUUUCACUACCUUAUUCUUUUCGUUAUUUGUUUCUUUGCUUGUUUGUUUUGUUUUGGGGUUUUUGUUUGUUUUUUUUUAUUUGUUUUCUGUAAAUUUUUGCUAAAGGAAUUUGUUCCUCCUAAGAAGGUCGGUGCUCUGGCAUUUGGCAGGGGCCUGGCACACUUGCAGAAUUUUAUCAGUUAGCUACACACUGAACACAGGCUAAAUAUGCAGAUAAAGUGGAACCAAUCUCUUUCUGGAAAAGCUCCCUUUGUGUGUUUGCGCAUGUGUGUGUUGGAGUAGAAGCAAGGCUGACAGAAAUAAGUUGAGGAGUCGGGUGCUUGUUAAUGUGGGGGUUGCAGAAGCCUUCCCAACAUGUAAUCAUUCCAAACCUGGACUGUUUAGAUGCCAAGCAAAGGAUACCGUUCAAAGUUGGAGAAUGAGGGUGAUCAGAAAUAGAUGG